AUGAGUGGUGGUCUAGGUGAUUAUAAUAAAGCUAAAGUAGCCAAUGUAUUUGGUAUACAGUUACGUCCAAAACAUGAAAAACAGCGUACAUCUAUAUCAACAAGCACAGCUGAUUGCAUUCCAUCAGAUAAUAAUAAAAAAACAGAAAAUGUAUUAGAUAAAUACCGAUCUAUAUGUGAUUUUCGUACAUCAAAUGAUCUAUCAUCUCCAAAUAGUAAUAUAAAAAAUACAAAUGGUUUCAAUCGAUCUACCUCAUCGACAUCAACAACACCAAAAUUACAGCCCAAAAAAAAACCAUUGGAUGUCAACGUUUCAUUAGCUACCCCAUCCGUGAAAAAGUCAGCAACAUCGGAAAAUGUAGUCAAACAACAACAACAAUCACAAUCACAACAACAACAGCAAUUAUUAUCAUCGCCAUCGCCUCAAAUGCAUAAAAAUAGUUCAAGUAGUACUAAUACCAGUAGUAGAAAAAAUUCAUUGCUCAAAUCCGAUGAUAUAUCGAUUGCAUCGACGAAUACAACUUCAAAUCAUUCCAGUGUACCAUCAAGGAAAACUUCUUUAACAUCAACAGCAAAUACAAAAUUACCUCAUGCCCAAACAGUGCAUAGUCUAGAUAAGUCAACUGAACAGCCAUCACAACGAAAAACAAGUAUUACACAAACAGCGAGUGCUGCAGAAUUAACGAAAAAACCAUCGGCAACAACAACAGCUGCUAUGGCAGAUGAUGAAAAACCAUUGUAUCGACGGCAAUUAUCGAAAACAUUGGAUAAUGCAACGGGAAAAAAAGAACAUCAACAACAGUCACAUACUGAUGGACCGCAAACACCAUCAACGAAAAAACGGUAA